AUGCGCCUCUCCAACGGCACAGGCUUUGUGAGCGGAGGCGUUCCUCCAUCGGUGGACUUCGACAGUCCCGAAGAUUACUUCAUUUUUAUUUUUCAUCUUUUAUUCGCUACAUGUGCGUUUCUUUUCGCCGGCUCGGUGGUCGUCGGUAUCUCGGCCACCAGAGCUCUGCGUCUCCAAAACCGCUUCAUUUUCAUGCUGAACACCAGCAUCGCCGACACGAUGAUUGGAUUGUCGGUCUAUUAUCUCGGUCUGUUUGACGUCCAGGAGGGAUAUCCAUCGAGAAACAGCACGCAUCACGUUUUGCCUGCACUUCUCGCCAUCAAUCUCUUAGUAUUUUUAUUCGCGCAGUUUGAUCGAUAUUUUGCCGUGUGCCAUCCGUUCCUCUACGCGCGCUUCUUCAGCCGGCAGCUGGUGAUCGCUGUUAAUAUUUACUGCUGGAUGCACAGUUACGGUUUCGUGCUCGUGCUGAAUUUCCUGCCGCUUUCCAAAUCACUCCAGCUGUACGGGUUCAGUGUGGUUGUGUUACAGUUCGUCGUGCUCACCAAAGUGGUGAUGACCGUGAAGCUGUACCUUGUUGCCAGAUACCAGGUGGACAGAGAGCCGCCGAGCGCAGACAAAGAAAACAAGAAAGAAUCACUGAGAAUCAUCAUUUUUGUUGUGGUCAGCUUCUUGGUGUUGUGGAGCCCCUCGUUUGUUAACAUCAUCCUCAGACUGCUCUUUAGAAGAGGACUGACUUUCAGAAACGAGGCCACCAAUCCGUUCGCCAUCAUGGCGCGUUUGAACGCCGUGUGCACUCCUGCAGUGUACAUGCGGGGGAGCCCGGCCCUGAGAGAGGCCGUGAUUAGGACAGUGUGGGCCAGAGUGUGUCCACCGUGGAGGAGGAUUGAAAUUAGCGGCCAGACAAAGAAAGUUUGA